AUGCCCCCACAUACACAGUACGGUGCUGGCGGUAGUCGCCGUCCACAUUUCUACCCUGACAAAAUGUCAUAUAGCAAGGCCGGUGCUCAAGCCUCUAAUGCAUCCAACAAUGUCGUCUCUGCUCUACCUGCUCUGUGCGCCAUUGACACUGCUACAAGUACACACAGUCUUUCAAAAAAAUUAACUCGAGCCUCUGUCUCGCCAAUACGUACUUUGUCUGAUUGCCAUCCACAGCAGAUCUGCUUGUCUGCUAUACCAUUAAAUGAACUUUCUUCGCCCCCCGCCGUCAACAAUCGGCAAUCCAACACACUAUGCAAGUCGUAUUCUGCCAUUCACUCCACCAUGCCCAAUACUGCUUCAACCUAUGCCUCGGUUGCUCCAGCCUCUCCUUCCAGUCUGAUUGGCGCAGAUGAUCGCUGUGCAUUUGAUGAGGACGAAGACUAUGAGAAUCAAGAGCCUUCUAGCGCUUACUCCCCGCGUGCAUUAUCAUUGCCUGGCUCUUCAUCAUGGCUCUAUAAAGAUGGCAGUGGAUAUUGCAAUGAGAUUGUUCAUACCCCUGUUCGUCACACUGCGGGCCGUCGCCGAAGCCUCGCCAACUCCGCCUUGGUCAAUGUAAAUGUAUCGACAGCAGCAAAAUCCAGCACCAUUUCCAGACGCCUGCCAACACGCUCUCCAUACGACUCGUCUGAACUGGACAUACUGAUGGAUCACAUGGUGCAUCCUUCAGAUGUACUUCAACCACCCCAUCGGCAAUCGGCGCAACAAUCAAGGGUCACAAAUUGUGUUCAAAAUCAAGCAGCCUGCUCUACUUUUUACAACAACAGUGUUACAUGCGCAAGCUCCGAACAGGGAAAAGCCAGCCCAGUCACUCAUUGUGCACUUGUUUUACCAAAAGAUAUGUCUGAGAUGGAUACUGACGACUAUGGCUGUGCGCUGGCGGAUAGCGAUGGAAACAGCGAGGCGGACAGUCUCACAUCUACAGAUGAUGAUGCAGAAACAGCUGUGAAUGACGUUUCCAUGUCUAGUUCUUGCUUGGAUAAAUCGUAUAUAAUGUCUUUACUAGAAGAUGCACCCACGGCUGUUGUAAACACCACCUCCACUUCAUUUUACGAAGAUGAUUUAGAUACUGGCUACGAUCAUGACGAUUUUGAAAUGGACUGUACCUUUAUGGAUGGAUUACUUAUUUCCGGAUCUUUAUCAUCUUCUUUGACGCCAUCAUUGGAGCAAACCAAGGUUUUUUGUUCUACUCCGUGCACAAAGCGAGAAUCCAAUGCGUCCAUGGUGACGGUAGACAAAGCGGCAGGGCCACGAACAUCAAUAUCUUCCAUAACUACCCUUCGACGAGACUCUAUAGAUCCUUCUGAUCAGUCAUCUGUGUACCAAUAUGAUUCGCUGGAUUGGUCUGGUCUUCCAGAAAUUUUAUCUAUUAUUGACGAUUCAGACUUUGUCAUUAGCCCUCAUUUGUCCUAUCGAGAUCUUAUUGAUGAAAUGGAUAAGACUGAUGAUGAUGCAGUGAACCAUUGUUCCAAAAACCAUGGUUUAUCCGCCGAGUAUGAUUUAAGCACCACGAGACUUGAUUUGGACCGGCAAACGAAUCGAUCUUCCAACUCUCAAUCACAAAAUGGUGAGAGGAAAUUUGUACAUUCAUGCGUCUCUGAUCUCUCUCAAUCUUCAUUAAAUAAGAGCCUCGAGUCGAAAAGCCAACAGUCUGCUUCAGAUCAUGUGGGUUUGCAUAGCGGAGUUUGGGAAUUGAGCGACAGUGUAACGACAAACUAUAAACCCCACUGCACCAACAGUAUUGUAGCAAAACGACCAAGGAAUGAUGAUUUAAAUGGAGAUUGUACAGAGUCGGGCGUUCGACCCGUUCGUCGUCGUCAUCAGCUGCAUUCAGCGCAGACUACUCAUCAACAUCACUCGUGGUCUAUCACUGCUCAAUCGCUGCCCUCCGAUCUCACAGUUGAUAAAUCUUUACUUUCAUCUGGUCUCUGUCCUGACAAAAGCUCAUGUGACUCGACAGCACUAGCUAAACCAGCCCUGAGCUAUUUAGAUGAUAGUGCAUGUCUGCUGGAAUUAUUUGGGCCAGAUACGGCAGAUUUAACUAAAUUGGUUGCUGAUUCUUCUCUCAGUGGUAGCAUACCUCUGGAUAUUACAUAUGUCCCGCCAUGGUAUCAACCAUCAUCGCCAUUGGCACAACCAUGUAUUUUGCUUGAAACUGAUAGGGCGACCACAUCUGGUACCACUCGCUCUCUGUGUGCAGUAUGUGCAAAAACUCCUACGAAAGCUGCUUCGUUGUGCUGCCAACAGGUUGGACAGCAACUGUUUAGUGAACUAUUGGCUAUUGCAGUUGCUAAGCCGCGACAUCAGCAAAUCGUUACAGAGGCUCUUCAAGACAUCAUGACCUGCAAUAUUUCUGAUCAGUCGUUAUUAGCAUCAUCUUUGCUGGUUCAACCUUCUUUGCCACAACUCUCAACAUCUACGCCAUCUCCGAAAUCAAGUGCUUUAAAAAAUAUGAACCUUCACAAUAAUAUAGCGACAGCUACACAUAUCCUAACAACCCAUACAUCCAGCAAGCCAGCUUCGCCCACAAUGUCCCUAUACAAUCGAUCCAAUGCAUCUUUUUCUUCGGAAACUAUUUUGACACAUCUGUUACCCACUCCUGCACAAGCUUCCAAUAAUUUUUGGCUGCCGUUUACCUCGUCUCAACUAUACCAGCAUAUUCAGCCAUAUAUCCCCAACAUUGCAUUUCCCUCCGCGUAUUCUCGAUUCAACUACGUUGAAAAUACCGAAGUGGAUAGUUGGAUUCAAAUGCCUGACAAUAUCGAAAAGAUCAGAUGCAGUCCAUCCAAGGUUAUUUCCAAGAAUUUCCAAGACCAUACAUAUACACGUCAGUCAAGGAGACUUGAUGUUUAAAUUUUAAAAGGGGUUUUAAACCUCAUGGUUUAUACCAGUGCUUACUUUUCAAACAUUCAAAUACAACGCCUUGUCUAUAUUGGAUGUCUGAUGGCUUUUGCCGAAUACAUUUUUUGAGAAUUCUAUCU